GGAAAAGACGGUUUCAGAACCAGGAAGUGGUGGAUUCUCCACCGAUGUUGUGCAGAUCUUUACUUCUGUACUUUAGAUGUUGUGCGAUUCCGCCAACAGCGAUUCCUCCUGCUGUGGCUGGGAUGUCACACUUUCACCGCCUUUUCUCAAGUCAUCCACCAGGCAGGUGCCCCCGGUCAUUCCUGCACGACCCGACCUCACCAUGGGCAGCGCUGCUUCCGCGAAGCGCUGGUCGCGCCCGACUGCUCCACCGUUCGAUCUGGAUCUCUACGAAGUGCAGCUGCAGCGCUGCGACCGUGACAUUUGGGACAUGCACAUGGCGGUGCACCCCCACAUCGACGGCAUGGUGUUGACGGAGUUCGGUGCCUCGCAAGCGGUGAGGGAGUGGAAUGAAGGGCAUCCGGAGCUGGAAAUCCAAAGGGGGCAUGUGAUCAAGGAGAUCAAUGGAUAUAAAGACCAUGCAAGCAUGAAGGAGCAGCUGUCCACCUCCACUUCAUUAAGGUUGCUGAUGUGCAAGGUGAGGACGGGCUCGCAGCAGUGGGCCUUCGAGGUUCAGAAGCACCGGGAACGUCGAAGGGUUGCCAUUGAUGCUCUCGUUCAUCAGGUGGAGGUGCAGGAAGGCGAUCUCGGGCCCUGCGCCAUUUGCCAUGAUGAGAUGGUGCAACGGUGCGACGGUGGUCAUGACCGGUGCGACGCCCUGACGCCCGUGCGACUACCUUGCAAUCAUCACUUUCAUGAGUCGUGCGUGAAGAGGUGGCUGCUGACAGGGAAGCAUCGAUGCCCUUUGUGCAAUCAUGAUUUUGAAAUGGUUCUGAGGCAUGAAAGCUCUACGCCUCUACUCUGUCAAGGUUGAAGGAGACGGCAGUAGAAGACUUGCAAGACUUGCAUUCGACGGCUUGCUUGGAGCUUUGUAGAUUUGCAAGCUUUGCAUGACUGGAGCCUAGUAAAGUUACAAGACUUGCAUUCAAUUGCUUGCUUGGAGCCCUGUAUAGAGAUGUGCUAGAUCUGCAUGAUUGGAGCCUGGUAAAAUUGCAAGACUUGCAUUCGACGGCUUACUUGGAGCGCUGUAGAUUUGCAAGCUUUGCACGACUGGAGCCUGGCAUAGUUACAAGACUUGCAUUCAAUGGCUUACUUGGAGCCCUGUAUAGAGAUGUGCAAGAUCUGCAUGAUUGGAGCCUGGUAAAAUUUGCAAGACUUGCAUUCAAGGGUUUACUUGGAGCCUCGAUUUGCAAGCUUUGCACCUUCUUUUCGGAGACUUGUUUUCAAUGGAUCUUUGCGGAAGUGGAAGUGGACGAAGUGCUCGAAAAGCGACUUUCCCACACUUCCGCACGUGCUGGUAGCAUGAGGACCCGAGUUGAACUGGUCCUCAA